UUCAUCGAUAUAUCAAACAUAGAGAAUUCUUCCUGAUAUAUCAUUAAGCCUGAAUCAAUUAUAAAAGAUGGCAAAGCUGAUGAUGAUUGUGGCUUUGCUUUUUCAUUUUGGUUUUGUUAUUAUGAGAUGCUCAGCCACAAACUACGUUGUCGGAGACAACUCAGGUUGGGAUAUCAGUUCAAAUCUUGGUACCUGGGUUCAAGAUAAGAAAUUCAACGUCGGCGAUGUUCUUCUUUUCCAAUACUCAUCAUCUGAUAGUGUGGAUGAGGUUACAAGAGAAAACUACAAGACAUGCAACACAAACAAGGUUUUGGCAACUUAUGGCAAUGGGAAUACCUCUGUGCCAUUAACGAAACCUGGAGACAGGUACUUUGUGAGCGGCAACAAACUGUAUUGCCUUGGAGGGAUGAAGCUCCAUGUUCAUGUCCAAGGCAACAGUGCAAAUUCCCCGGCUCAAGCCCGGGCCAGGUCAAUGCCAGUGGCCGGUCCGGUCAGUGCUACCUCCGGGAAGACCACAGCAUCCCAAAAAAACACUCCUCUCAUAAACGGGGCUAAGAAUUCUGGAACGGACGCUACUGCUAUGUUAGUUCUCAUGGUGGCUUCUGUUUCCUGGAUUUUCCAGAUUUGAGUAUUGUGAACUUGUGACGACUUAAUUGUGAUUCAUAUUUGAGUGUAAUAUUGUUUAACAACACAAUAAUGAUGAUGAUGAUGAUGAUUUGCACUUGGAAGGCUGAAGAUUUGUAUACAA